GUGCGGGAGAUGAAGCGGGAGAGCCUGGAGCGCGACCUGCGCUUCGUGGGCUUCAUCGUCCUCUCCUGCCCCCUCAAAGCCGACUCCAGGGCCGUCAUCAGGGAGAUCCAGAACGCUUCCCACCACGAGUUCGUGGUGACGGCCCUGAAGAGCUUGGGCUUCCCCACCCUCAUGUGCGGCGACGGCACCAACGACGUGGGCGCCCUCAAACACGCCGACGUGGGGGUGGCCCUGCUGGCCAACGCUCCCGAGAGAAUUCCCGAGCGGAAGAGGCGCCCCCGGGAUGGAAUUCCCGCCCGAGCCGCUUCCCGAGGAUCCAAACCCCGGCUCGGCUCCGGCUCCGGCUCCAGCUCCGGCUCCCAGCGGGAGGAGCAGCUGGCCAGCCAGAGGGAGCGGCUGAGCCAGGUGCUGAAGGAUCUGGAGGAGGAUCGCGCUCCGGUGGUGAAGUUGGGAGACGCCAGCAUCGCCGCCCCCUUCACCUCCAAACUCUCCUCCAUCCAGUGCAUCUGCCACGUGAUCAAGCAGGGCCGCUGCACUCUGGUGACGACGCUGCAGAUGUUCAAGAUCCUGGCCCUCAACGCCCUCAUCUUGGCCUACAGCCAGAGCGUCCUCUACCUCGAGGGGGUCAAGUUCAGCGACUUCCAGGCCACCCUGCAGGGGCUGCUCCUGGCUGGAUGCUUCCUCUUCAUCUCCAGGUCCAAGCCUUUGAAGACCCUUUCCAAGGAGAGGCCCCUUCCCAACAUCUUCAACCUGUACACGGUGCUGACGGUGCUGCUGCAGUUCCUGGUGCAUUUCCUGAGCCUCCUCAUCCUCUACCGAGGGGCCCGAGCCCGUUCCCCCCUCCGCAGGGAGGAGGAAUUCGUGGAUCUGAGCAAGGAAUUCGAGCCCAGCCUGGUGAACAGCACCAUCUACAUCCUGUCCAUGGCCAUGCAGAUGGUCACCUUCGCCAUCAACUACAAGGGCCACCCGUUCAUGGAGAGCCUGGUGGAGAACAAGCCGCUGCUCUGGAGCCUCGUCCUGUCGGGAUUGGCCGUCCUGGGGCUCCUCUGCGGCUCCUCCCCGGAAUUCAACCAGCACUUCGGCCUCGUCGACAUCCCCACCGAGGUGGAAUUCCCAACAUUCCAGGCCCUUUUCC